AAAUCAAACGAAAUACCAAGUUUCCAUAACAUGGGUAUUUACUGAAACGACAAUACAAAUUAAAAGGAAAAAGUACCCGUAGAAACUACCACUGGCCAGAAGGAAAUACCCUGGAAAUAGCCGUUAACAUGGAAUCCAAUGAAUUCUAUACAUACAACCAUUCUGUUGAUAAAUUGAAAAAAAGAGUGAACCAAAUUAAAAGGAAGAUCACAUCAAGACAUGAAGAACCAACUUUCUUCAAGUGACGAAGAUGACUAUCCAUCUUCAAAUAUGGUGCAUUGCUGGUGGCGAUCCGCUUCGAAAUUCGAAGACUAUUGUAGGCUCAAGCUCGGCUUGCCGGACAUUUCAAGCCUAACUCCGAGGCUUAGAGUUCUCCGAGAGUUGGAAAGACUGGCUCUCCUUUCUGAUGAAGGGAUCAAUGAACUUCGUUAUAAGUUGCAAAUGUAUAAAUCAGGUGAUUUUUGGGUACCAACUGGAGGAAUUAAAAAGGAAGAUAUGGAUAUUCCUCCAGUAAUCACAAUUCUUUUGGUGGGGUUUUCUUCUUCUGGCAAAAGUUCUCUUGUUAAUCUAAUGUACAGUGUUCUUGGCCGUACUGGACUUGUUCCUUUUGCUCAAACUUCUUCUGGGAGUACUAAAAACUUCACAACCAUGUACAUGGAAGAGCACAACAUAAUGAGAUCAAUGCAGAGUGGGUUUUGUGUGUAUGAUUCAAGAGGGUUUGAUUAUGAUAAAAUUGGAGAAGCACUUGAAGAAUUGUCAAGUUGGAUGAGUGAUGGAGUCCACCACAAUCAAAUUUGCUCGAGGUCAGGAGAUGGAAAUUUGUUGAAAAAUGAUGAAGAAUUUGCAGCUUUAAGAAGCUGUUCAAAGUUUGUAACGAGGAGAGUAAAUUUUGCUAUGGUUGUAGUUAAUAUUUUUGAAGUUUAUACAGCUUUAAGAGCAGGUGAUUCCGAGAAAUUACAAGCUACAAAACAGCUCUUUUGCUCCCCUGCUUUAAGAAAAUGCAAUGAGAAUCCAAUGCUGAUAUUGACCCACGGCGACUUGUUAACAGAUGAAGAAAGAAUAGAAAGCAGGAUCAAAUUGUGCGAGCACUUAGGCAUAUCAGAGAGUAAUGGAGUAUAUGAUAUUGCAUGCUUAACAGAAUAUGGAUUUCUAGCAGAAGAGACAGACCCAGUGAGUGCAUAUGCAGUAGGUGAAGCAGUUUACAGAGCAUUAUUAAUCUCAGACAGAGCCCAUUUUCCAAACCACAAUCUUGAAGACUGGGCAAUUUUCAUAUUAUCAAGGCUAGUUUCGUUUUUGGGUAUUCUUUUCGCUUUUCUGGCUCAAAUUUGCACUGCGCUUGGACAACACAGGAAUAAAUUCAAGUACUAGUAAUCUAUUGCAUGGAAAAGCCGAUACGAAAAAUGUUGAAAUACGAAAUAAUAAUUUGUACGAGAAUAGAUUAUAUAUGUAAAGUUUCGAAGUUUUAGAAGUA